CGGGGGGACUCUACAGUGGUGUGUGGAACAUGAACAAGAUGGGUGGUAGAGCGAGGGUGGCUCUCUGGAUCCUGUUGGGGGUUGUUCUUGUGGCCCCACCAGGCCUCAGAGCUCUCAUUGAUGACGAAACUCAAGCUGAGGAAUUUAUGAAGGAACUCGACUAUAGAUACAGUCAAGAGUGUAACCUGGAGAUGCUGGCUCGAUGGGACUAUAUCACUGACGUUACUAACAAACUCAAGGAGGAAGCAGCGAACGAGGCAGCAGUGAUCUACAUGACUUUCCAAGGUGAGGCGGCCGACGGCUGCGCAGAGUACGACUAUAGCGGCUUUGUCAGCAUGGAACUGUACCGUCGCUUCAGGUUCCUCUCCAAGAAGGGACCAGGAGCGCUACAACCAGACGAACUGUCAGAGUACAAAACCUUACAAGCGAAUAUGGAGACGAUCUACAGUACAGCAACCAUCUGUGACUACCAUAACCAGACCAAGUGUGACCUGAUCCUCGAGCCAGACAUCGUCACGGUGAUGGCAUCAUCAGAGGACUGGGAUGAACUUCUCUACACCUGGGAGCAGUGGAGAGAGAAUACAGGCAAGAAGAUGAGGGAAGACUUCGUUAGGUUCGUCGAGCUUUCCAACGAGGCUGCUACUCUCGAUGGGUUCAGCGACACUGGGUCGUACUGGCUAAACGCCUACACCGUGGACGAGAGGGAGGCUGAAGAAUGGACCGAUGGGGCGACGCUAGACCAACAGCACUUCAGGAUGAUGGUCGAUGCUGUAUGGCAGGAUGUAUCCGAACGACUCUACAAGAAACUCCACGCCUACGUCAGAAUGCGCCUGCAAGAGGUUUACCCGGGUAAAAUCGACCCCACCGGACCCAUCCCGUCCCACAUUCUAGGAGACAUGUGGGCGCAGGACUGGUCGAACAUCGCACGUCACGUUAUGCCCUUCCCAGAGAUGCCAACUUUCGACGUCACAGACAGCAUGGUGGAGAAUGGUUGGGACAUAGAUCGGAUGUUUCAUGCAGCAGAGGACUUCUUCAGGAGCAUCGGCCUCUUCGACAUGACGCAGACUUUCUGGGACAAGAGUGUAGUGAAUCAGACCGCCUGGGGCAAGACUAUGGUAUGCCAUGCCUCAGCGGAGGACUUCUGCCUGGGUCCAGAGGGCGAGGAUUACAGGAUUAAGAUGUGUACAGAGGUAAACAUGGUCGACCUGAUCACCGUGCAUCAUGAGAUGGGUCACAUCGAGUACUUUAUGGCUUACAAGAACCAGCCACUCGUCUUCAGGGACUCGGCCAAUCCCGGUUUCCACGAAGCCAUAGGUGACCUGAUUGCUCUAUCUAUGUCAACGCCAAAGCAUCUGGAGGACGUGCUUGGUCUCACUCCUACUCCUGCCAAGGUCUCCGACCCCAGAUAUACUGACGAUGAGAAGCGGGACCUUAACUUCCUAAUGAAGAUGGCGCUGGAGAAGAUCGCCUUUCUGCCUUUUGGUUACCUGAUCGACAUGUACCGGUGGGGAGUGUUUGACGGGUCUAUCCCCAUCGAUGAAUUGAACGCUGGUUGGUGGAACCUCAGGGAGUCAUUGCAGGGUGUCACUCCUCCAGCAGGACAACGAGGGGAAGAGUUCUUCGAUCCAGGAGCCAAGUACCAUGUUCCAGCCAACGUCCCUCUCUUCAGAUACUUCGUGAGCUUCAUCGUACAGUUCCAGUUCCACGCUCGCCUGUGUGAGGCCGCCGGCCACACUGGUCCCCUCCACACCUGCGAUAUUUAUAACAACACUGACGCGGGAGGCAUCCUCAGGUCCGCCCUGGAGAAGGGGUUCUCGGAGCCUUGGCCGAAAGUUCUCAGCGAGCUAGGGGGCUCGCAAAACAUGGAAUCUCAGCAUAUUAUUAACUACUUCGAGCCCCUCCUGACGUACCUGGACCAGGAGCUGCUGGACGCCGACCAAUGCAUCGGUUGGGGAGACGAGUGCUUCGCUCCAGUAUCAUUGGCGGAUCGUUCAGUGAUACCGAAGCAGGAUCCCAGAGACAACGAGACGGCAGCAGGUCUGGCCAUGAAAGAGAUGAACACAGACAUGACGAAUCUAGUACAGAAUGCAACACUGGUGGACUGGACCUACUACAAUGACGUCACCACAGCUAACGCUGACGCCUCGAACGAGGCUUGGCUGCUGGUGAAAAACGCCUCCGGGAAGUGGCACAAAGAUGUCAUCGAAAGCUACAACUACCAGGAGUUCAAGGACUCCUACCUCCGCCGUCAGUUCGAACUGCAGAAGAACCUCGGUACGGCUGCCCUCACCGACGAGGAUUUUAUAGAGUUGAACAAGAUCAUAAAAGACAUGACCGCUAUAUAUACCAAUCGUGUGUGUCGCAAGGAUGACGAUUGUGAUGAAGAGAAAAAUGGCCUCUCCAUUGAUCAGUUGGAGGAGGUAAUGGCAGUGGAGAGUGACUAUGAGAUACUCAAAUAUUACUGGGAGACGUGGAGGGACGCCUCAGGCAAGCUGAUAAAAGACGACUACGUCGACUAUAUUAGACUACUCAACACAGCCGCUGAUUUGAAUAAGUUCUCAGACGCUGGUGAGAUGUGGCUUCAACCGUACAGAGACGGUGACUACAAUACUACUGACUUCGUUGACGAUAUCGAGAAACUGUGGAACGCAACUAAGCCACUUUACGAGAAGCUGCAUGCUUAUGUACUUGACAAACUGAAACGUAUUUACAAGGAAAAUAUCAAAGAAGACGAACAGUUUAUUCCGGCGCAUGUUCUAGGUAAUAUGUGGGCUCAGUCGUGGGAGAAUAUUUAUGAACGCGUGAAGCCUUUCGACGUUAAUAUCACUGAUAUUACCGAGGAUCUUAAUUCACAGAUUCAAGACGAGAAAGAAAUGUUCUGCCUGUCGGAGAAUUUCUUCACCAGCCUGGGUAUGUACAGCAUGACGAAGGACUUCCGGGAUAACUUAGUGCUUAAACGCCCGGGUGGUGACAAAAAGUUUAUCUGUCAGGCCUCCGCUUGGGACUUCUACGACACAGAGAAUAUGCCAGAGGAUGGCCGCUUCAGAAUUAAAAUGUGCGCGAAUAAAACCCAGAAAGACUUCAUCGUGAUCCACCAGCAGAUGGGUCAUACAGAGUAUCAAAUGUCUUACAGCACCUCUCCUCUUGUAUUUCGUGAUGGCGCAAACCCAGGGUUCCUUGAAGCCAUCGGAGGCACAAUUGGACUUUCAGUGAGCACUCUCGGUCAUCUAGACAAAGUAUCGAGCGCUAUAAACAGUAACACCAAGUUAUGUAAUACUGCAUUCACGCUGGAAGACUUCGCAACACAACAAGAGCAACAUGUCGCAGUUCAAUCCGAAAAACAGAUCAAUUUCCUCAUGAAGGAAGCUCUCUCAAAGAUCGCCUUCCUUCCUUACGCCUAUAUACUCGACAAAUGGCGCUAUCUUUUCAACAAUAACAACGAAGAUACGAACUUUAACGAAAAAUGGUGGAGAUACAGGUUGAACGUUCAAGGAAUUUCUCCUCCGGUUCAGCGUUAUCCGUCCUCUGAUUUCGACCCUGGAAGCAAGUACCACGUCGCUACCAACGUUCCGUACAUCAGGUAUUUCGUGGCUGGAAUCCUCCAUUCCAGUUCCAUCACAUCUUUGCAACAGCAACUGUGUGUCUUUUCCAUCGUGUGGACAUCUCAUAACAUUUACCCAUCUAGGAAAAUGUUGGAGACGGGCGCCUCUGUUGGUUGGCGACAGCAGCUGAAAGACUUCCUAGGAAGUGACACCGGCAUGAGCGCUAAGGACAUCCUCGACUACUUCCAGCCCCUCGAAGACUAUCUGGACGACUACAUCAGUAAUUCCUCACUCGUAGUGGCAUGGAAACAAGAUUCGGUGGAUGACUACAUGAAGGAUGAGCUGGUGGAUAUUCCCGCUACGGUGCCCAUAGUUGUGGGUGUGGUGCUGGCGCUGAUGGUGGUAAUAGUGAUUGUGGCUUACUUCGUGGGUCGCGCCAGAGAGAAGAAAAAGGAGGAGGUGGAAGAGAGAGGUGGUCACUCUGGAGAGCAGGUGGAAAUGGCUGUUAACGGAGAAGGUAGCGUACAUACCAACUCAUCGCCGAUUGAUAAGCACAACCCAUGAAGAGACGACCAUUUGUAAAGUGGAUAGAGGUGUCGCUUGAAGAAGGAGGAGGAUAGGAGAAGUGGUAGUGGUGGCGGCAGAGGAUGAGCGAAGUGGAUAAGUAGAGGAUUGUGGCUAAAAGAGAAGGAAUUGAACUGAACCCCUGAAUGAACAGUACACAGGACAAAAAAAAAGCAGUGAAAGACAAACUAAUGAUUGAACCAUGAAUGUAAUUGACAGAAGAACCCUGACGCCGUCCAGGAAAGUGAAACAAAUUGUAACAUAAGAAAUUCUGUUAUAAUCAGGUGGAAGAACUAAACCCUGUGGGGGUUUAUAUAGCUUCUGGGGCAUCUGAGGCAUUCAGGUUAGAUCCAAGGAAGGGAAGGACAGGUCCAGUCCCUUGGAUCAAGAGUUCCCCACGGGCAACUGGAUUACCUACCUGUCAUGACUGUCCUAGUGAGAUAUGUGUUUCACGUCCAAUUUAUAUACCUCCAAUUUACACACGUCCAUUUACACACAUCCAACUUACACACGUCCAAUUUACAUACCUCCAAUUUAUGUACGUCCAAUUUACAAACGUCCAGUUUACAUACGUCCAAUUCACACACGUCCACUUUACACACGUCCAUUUUAAACACUGAAUAUAGAAACGCUUCUCUUGGUGUCCUGGUGUCCACAAUUCAUCUAAUCCUCUCGUAAUAAACGUAAAAUCUGUGAGGUAAUGAGAAACUUGCCAGUCUAUUUUGUGCACAAUGUUUGUCUGAGUUAGUAAGGUUGAUCCUCUUAACAUUCUCAUUGUCUAGCUGUGUUCUACACACACACACACACCACACACACACACCAACACACACACACACACACACACACACACACACACACACACACACACACACACACACACACACACACACACACACACACACACACACACACACACACACACAAACACACACACACACACACAAACACACACACACACACGUGCGUUUUUUUUAGCUAAAGUGGUCAAAGAAACCGAAUUAAGUGCUUUUUGUCAAAGAUUCUUAACUCAUGGAUUGAUGUAUUUACGAGCAUAAAUAUUGUAAUCAAUGUUGUAUAUGUGCUAAAAGUGACUAUAAAGUUAUCUGUUAUUGAGUAUUUUUUUGUAUAGUCUUGUAUUAAGUAUAUUUUCAUCAUACACUCUGGCGUGUAUAAGCUGCCUAGUUGUCUGCACCAAAAUAUAGUUCAUAGCCUAGAAAAAAAUUUAGAAUUUGAGUAGAGAGUUUUCUUUCUUAAAAAUAUCAACUAAUUGGAUUUGUUUUCAUAAUUUUCUCUAAAGUGUUUCUGUUCUAUCUACAUACAUAAAAAUUAUAUACAAAAAAGAGUUAUGCAGUAGGCCUACUAGACUAGGCUGGCCAUUCCUUCUAAUAGGUCUACCGGAUUACCCUUGUUUUUCCAAAGCUAAUUUUGAACAACUCUCAUUUUGUUCACAAUGAGCAUUGAAAAAAUAAAUUCUGUGCAAUAUUUAAUCUUUGUAAUUCAUGUUCAUUGGUAAUAUAGUCCAAUUAUGCCACGAGACUUCUGGUAAUCCUGGUACACGAGGGAAUUUUCCAGUUCCGGAGAUAUGCUGAUAUUUCAUGGAGCAGUUAUAAAUACUCUGUACACUAGUUGUGGUGCUGGAAAGCAGUUAUGGAAGGCAUCACCAUUUGGAAGGCAACAGUGGAAGGCACCGCCCUCUGGAAGGCAGCAGUGGAAGGCACCGCCCUCUGGAAGGCAGAAGUGGAUGGCACCACCCUCUGGAAGGCAGCAGUAGAAGAUACCACCCUCUGGAAGGUACGAGUCGAAGGCACCACCCUCUGGAAGGCAGCAGUGGUGGGCACCACCCUCUGGAAGGCAGCAGUGGAAGACAC